GCAUUCAGCAGAGCUCACCGCAUCGGGCAGAACAAGAAGGUGAUGAUCUACCGCUUUGUGACCAGAGCCUCCGUUGAAGAGCGCAUCACCCAGGUGGCCAAGAGGAAGAUGAUGCUCACCCAUCUGGUCGUCCGCCCGGGGCUCGGCUCCAAGUCUGGCUCCAUGACCAAGCAAGAGCUGGACGACAUCCUCAAGUUUGGGACAGAGGAGCUCUUCAAGGAUGAUGUGGAAGGUGACAAUAAGGACGUGGAUGACAGCAGCGUGAUCCACUACGACGACGCUGCCAUCUCGAAGCUUCUGGACCGCAACCAGGACGCGACCGAUGACACGGAGCUGCAGAACAUGAACGAGUAUCUCAGCUCCUUUAAAGUGGCCCAGUAUGUUGUGAGAGAAGAGGACGGUGAGGAGGUGGAACGUGAGAUCAUCAAGCAAGAGGAGAAUGUGGACCCCGACUACUGGGAGAAGCUGCUGCGGCACCACUACGAGCAGCAGCAGGAAGAUCUGGCCAGGAACUUGGGGAAAGGGAAGAGAAUCCGCAAGCAGGUCAACUACCAGGCAGGUGCUCGGGCGGACAGACCGUGGCAGGACGAGCUCUCUGACAACCAGUCGGAGUACUCCAUUGGCUCCGAGGACGAGGAUGAAGACUUUGAAGAGCGGCCAGAAGGUGGCAGAAGACAAUCCCGCAGGCAGCUGAAGAGUGACCGGGACAAGCCUCUCCCUCCUUUGCUGGCAAGAGUUGGGGGUAACCUGCAGGUUCUGGGCUUCAACGCCCGCCAGCGCAAGGCUUUCCUCAACGCCAUCAUGCGCUGGGGCAUGCCGCCCCAGGACGCCUUCAACUCCCACUACCUGCGCGGGAAGAGCGAGAAGGAGUUCAGGGCGUACGUCUCUCUCUUCAUGAGACAUUUGUGCGCAUCCGGUGCCGAAACCUUUGCGGACGGCGUUCCCCGGGAAGGGCUGUCCCGCCAGCAUGUGCUGACUCGGAUAGGAGUCAUGUCACUCGUGAGGAAGAAGGUGCAGGAGUUCGAGCACGUCAACGGGAAGUACAGCACCCCGGAUCUGAUUCUCGAGGGCGCGGAGAGCAAGAAGCCCAGCGAGGUCGUGUCGUCGGAUCCCACCACGCCUGUCCCAGCCAGCCCAGCACACGUGCACGCGGGAGCGGUGUCUGUGAGCGCCGAGAAGGUGGAAGGUGAAGAGCACCCAGAAAGCUGUGAGAGCAAGGAGAAACCGAGGGAAGAGAAGCAAGAGGAGAGCGAAAGGGCCGAGUCUUCUCCCGAGCCCGUGGCGAAAGAUGAGGGGGUUCCAGAGAAAGAGAAGCUUUUGGAGAAGCCGGAGCUGAACAGCAGCCCCAGCAAAGGGGAGGACAAAGAAGUCAAAGCAGAGGACGCCAAGGCGGAGGAGAAGGAGCAGAGUGAGGCUCAGCAGAACGGGGACAAAGAGGAGGAGGAGGAUGGAAAGAAGGAGGACAGAAACAUCAACUUCCGAUUCAUGUUCAACAUCGCUGACGGUGGCUUCACGGAGCUGCACACGCUGUGGCAGAACGAGGAAAGGGCUGCCGUCUCCUCCGGCAAGAUCUACGACAUCUGGCACCGCCGGCACGACUACUG